CUGCAAUCUUCUUGCCCAAUUCCAUAGCUGGAAAACGCUUGGAGAGAGAAGCACGGUGCAGCACGACCGCAGUGGAAGAAUCUAAACCACGGGACAUGCACGGGGAAAAAGCUAUGCAAUGUCCUUUUGAAGGGGAAUUCGUGCGCACUGAAGAAUGCUCAAAUCUUAACCGACCAUGGCGUUUGCAUAAUUAACGCUUCUCAUGUAGGUCAGUAGCCGCACGUCGUCCUGGGAUCACUUAUGUUCUAGUCGAAUCUCACUACUGGUCUACUUCCAUCCUGGCUGUGUCCCCCCCCGCCCCCCAACCCACCCCGCCUCCGCCGUCCCGUGGUCAGAAUGGACAAUACAGCCUGCAGUCCGACUCCUCCAGCUGCCAACAAAAAUAACUCUGGGUCGCUUUCCGCGGAGAGGGGGACGAGCAGCGGGAGGAAGAUCGCAAGGACGGGUCCGCAGAGCCCCGGUUCAGCCUCCCUCGGCAGCUCAAGCGGAGUCGCGGGAGGUCGGGGAGGUUUACUCGGGAACAGUAUGCAUUCACAGCAUGCUGGGAAACGACAGUUGGAAGGAGUGCUGAGCAAAUACACCAACCUCCUUCAAGGCUGGCAAAACAGGUACUUUGUCCUGGAUCCGGAGUCGGGGCACUUGCAGUACUUUGUCAGCGAGCAGGGAAAGAGCCAGAAACCCAGGGGGUCCCUUCCCCUGAUCGGUGCCUCGGUGACCCCCAGCGACGAGGCCCCACACAUGUUCGUGGUGAACUCAAACGGCGAGCUGUACAAACUCCGAGCCUCUGACGCCAAGGAGCAGCAGUUCUGGAUGAGCCAACUCCAAGCCUGUGCCAGACGCCACUCUGACUCCAGUGCCAAGGUGAGGAAGCUGAAGGGAUCCGAUGAACACCUGAGCGUGGAAAGGGCUGGAGGGAGCCAGGAGGGGCUGGGCCCCUCCUCCUGCGGCGGCCGCACCCGGAGCGUCUCCCUCCUCCCCCACCUCCCUCAGCCGUCGUCGUCCUCCUCCUCCUCCCCCAGCUCCCAGAGGCACUUUGGCGCCCACGUGGCCCCGCCCACCAACAUCGUCUCCAUCACGCACCACAAGUCCCCCGCCGCGGCGCGGCGCUCGCGGAGCCAGUGUCCCCCGCGUCUCCACGAGGUCAAAGAGGUGAUGUCCCAGGCAGAGGGCCAGCAGAAGAACCUGGUCCACUCCAUCGACGCGCUGCCCACCAAGGGACCCCUGUCCUGCCUGGACCAGGACCUGCUGCUGCUCAAGGCCACCUCGGCGGCCACCCUCAGCUGCCUGGGGGAGUGUCUGAACAUCCUCCAGCAGAGCCAGGGCCAGCCCCUCUCUAAGGCCUCCCAGCCCAACCACACCAUCCUCGGAGCCCAGUCGGAUGGUGCACCUGUGUGGACUGUACCAAAGUCGCCCUCGGUGGACCACCUGAAGAACGGCGGCCCGACGCCCCUGCGCUUGGCCGAGCCCUCCCCGUCCCUCAGGAAGAAGGGAAUGUCCCCUGGUGCUGAGCAGCAGCCACCACAAGGACAGCAGCAGCAGCACCCGAGCCUGGAGGACAUCGGAUCCAGGGAGGAGAUGACGGACGUGGAGGACAACGAGGAGGAGGACCUGGGGGUGCUGGACGACCAGCGGAGCAUCAUCCUCCACCUGCUCUCCCAGCUCAAACUGGGCAUGGAUCUGACGCGGGUAGUGCUGCCCACCUUCAUCCUGGAGAAGCGCUCGCUGCUGGAGAUGUACGCCAACUUCAUGGCCCAUCCGGACAUGUUCCUGUCCAUCACGGCCGGGACCACCCCCGAGGACCGCAUGGUCCGCUUCGUGGAGUACUACCUGACCGCCUUCCACGAGGGCCGCAAGGGCGCCGUGGCCAAGAAGCCCUACAACCCCGUCCUGGGCGAGAGCUUCCACUGCUCCUGGGAGGUGCCGCGGGACAAGGUCAAGCCCCUGGUGAGGUCCAACCAGGGGUCCCACGGGCGGGAUCCGUCCUGGGCCCCCAACAACAGCCCCCAGCCCAGCCCUGCGGCGGAGGACCCUAACCCGGGAGGCUGCUACCGGGUGGGCUUCGUGGCGGAGCAGGUGUCCCACCACCCGCCCGUGUCCGGGUUCUACUGCGAGUGCCGGGAGAGGAACAUGUGUGUGAACGCCCACGUGUGGACCAAGAGCAAGUUCAUGGGGAUGUCCAUAGGGGUGUCCAUGGUGGGGGAAGGAGUGCUGAGCCUGCUGGACCACGACGAGGACUACGUGUUCACGCUGCCCAGCGCCUUCGCCCGCUCCAUCCUCACCGUGCCCUGGGUGGAGCUCGGGGGAAAGGUCUCCAUCAGCUGUGCCAAGAGCGGCUACUCGGCCACCGUCACCUUCCACACCAAGCCCUUCUACGGGGGGAAGGUCCACCGAGUGACUGCGGAGGUGAAGCACAACCCCACCAACGUGGUGGUCUGUAAGGCCCAGGGGGAGUGGAACGGCACGCUGGAGUUCACCUACAGCAACGGGGAGACCAAGGUGAUGGACACGGCCAGGCUGCCCGUCAUCAAGAAGAAGUUGCGGCCGGUGGACAAGCAGGGCCGGACCGAGUCCAGGCGGUUGUGGCAGCACGUCACCAGGUCUCUGAAGGAGGGGAACAUGGAGGAGGCCACGGAACACAAGCACCAGCUGGAGGAACGCCAGAGGGCAGAGGAGAAGCAGAGAGCGGGGAACAACACACCCUGGACCCCCAAACACUUCACCAAGGAGGGAGAAGGCUGGACCUUCAACAACACACUGCGGAAGUCUCCCUGACCGCAGCACCUCCACUACCCCCUGGACUAUCAAUAAAACCCUUCGCCCCACCCUCCUCCUCCUCCACUCUGAUGGCAAAGACACUGAGGAGGAACGUGGAAGGGAACCAGGUGCCAAAUGGUUUGGGCGGGGUUGGGGGGAGGGGGGGGUCAUCACUGUAUCGGUGAUUCUCGUUGCAGGGUUCUUUAUCAGACAAAUAUAGUAUACAUUUUUAUAUGAUAGUAUCGCGUGAGAGUAUUUCUAUAUAUAUAUUUAGUUUUUUUUUCUUGCGCACUCAAAGACAUUCGCCACCGGUGUUUGUGCUGCUCUCCUCACGUGCGUGCGUGCGUGCGUGGGUGCGUGUGUGUGUGUGUGUGCGCGCUCAGUGUCUAUUUUUUCACAUUCCAAAGCCUUUCGUUGUCAUGCAGCUUUAAAACAAAUCCAAAUCGAACCGCUUGGCAAGGCCGCCAUCACAGAUCUGCUCGGGAGACGGCAGAUGUGCGUCUCACACACAAAGCGUUGUCGUCGCCAGGCUUAACGUGGUUCCUCCGAGCGCACGCCUCCGCGCGUCAACAACAAAAUGGCCGCCGCUUUGUCAUCGAGGCCGGCGGCAAAACCGGACACCUCACCGUUUGUGGAUGUUUUUAUUUUAUUUUAUUUUAAACCGCUAGAACAUGAAUGUACCCGGUCACACCACGAUGUUGGUACUAGGGUCUCAUUGAUUUUGUACACGACGUGGACGGCAGUGUGUUGUCUCCAUGUCUGUUAUUGUGCCACGGUGAGCUUUCAUCAGCCUAGUAAUUUAUUCUCAUCAAGGGAAAUGCCUCGGUUCCCACCCCUUCCUCAUGCACCCUUGUUUUCCAACUACGUUCACCCUCUAAUCACAGGCAUUAGCUCUAUAAUAAUACCAUGCACACACACACAGACACACUUCCUGUGCAAUACACAAUAUUACGUUUACCCUGAGGGGGGGGGGGGGUCCUCUGUGUUCGAGUGUGUGUGUGUUCGAGUGUGUGUGUGUGUGUAUCCUCUGCGUAGCAUAGAGGUGAUUAGGCAGAGGGUGCACUCAGCUCACGCUCGGCGAUGCAAAUAUAUCUCUGUUGGAUGAAGCCCAGAGAUAUUUUGAACAUGCAUAGGAGGGGAUGCAUACGGGGAAGGACACGACCCCCAGUACCCCACUCGAGGGAGCCACUGUUUGGCUGCAGGGAGAUGAAAGAAGGCAUUAAGCUCCCCAGAGUAUUAAAGAGGGAAGCCACGUGUGUAAGGAGAUGUUUCCAGUAAUCUAUUUACAACUUGAGUCCUGAAUACGCUUAUCCACAUGCCUUUUUUCUUUCACCAUGUAUUCCUGCCAUUGCCAAAAAAUGUAACCCUUUGCUGUGUGGUAUUUUUUAACAAUUUCUCGAAUAUUCUUAUGACGGUGAGAAGGAAAAUGUAGGUCAGUUUGUUGUUUAUUCAGUGUUAGUGGACAAAGCAAUGCAGGGACCUAGAGACAAGCAUUGCUCGAUUCCUUCCCGAAUUGGUGAUGUUCAGGUAGGGAGAUGUACCUAAACCUAUAUACUUCUCAACCGUUUUUGGUUUCAACACAACGUCGGUACACUCUGCUGUCGAAUCUAAAGUCGUCAACGUGUAAUCACAGGUACCAACAAACUGCCAGGCAACAACCACUGUGUUCCAUUGUUCAUGAACACUAGCUUUAUAUGAAACUAGCGAGCACUUUUUUAAAAGAAGGAAAUGCUGACGUGAGACGUGAGACGGUGAGAAGGUGUCCGCAUUAGAACACACGCCACGCACACACACACAUCCAUUAGAACACACGCCACACACACACACAUCCAUUAGAACACACGCCACACACACACACAUCCAUUAGAACACACGCCACACACACACACAUCCAUUUGUCUUCAUUUGAUCAAAACGUUGAUUUCACUUCUGUUCACACUCGAUAUCCUGAAUGUAUUGUCCUUGUUCUUUCUUGACCCAUGACCGAAUGACUCUUUAGGUAGAAUACCUAUGCAACGCCACAAACCAUAGGUUGAAGGAGUCUUUGAAGAAAAAUAAAAAGGUUUAGUAGAAUCUUUGUUCUAAUAAAUGUGGAAUUUAAAUGAUGGAUCUCAUUUUUUGACUGCUGCAGUAUAGUAUGAUUGAAUCGACCGAUUUAAGUUCCAGAUUUUAUUACUCUUAAUCUUGUGCUUUCCACUCCACUUUAUACUAUGUACUAAAGGAAAUAAACACAAUCUGGGGUUGACACUAAGGUUUCAAAAGCACUUGCCCAUCGGGCAAGUACAGGUCAGGUUUAACUUGCCCGAAUGUAAUGUUCACUUGCCCAAAUUAUAAUCAGAAUCAUGAACGGGCCUCUUUUUGCCAGGCACCCGGCCUGGUUUUGGGGGGGCUUAGAAAAAUCAUCCUAGCUCAGACUGAAGCUGAAUGUUAGCUUCCACACAUGUUGUGUUUAAAAAAGAACAAACUUCUCUUUUUUUCCUUAUUUAUCGAGAGGUCACAUCGUGCCAUGAAGUGAUAUCAGUCCACCGUUGCAACCUAUUAAAGCUAUCGCCAAGUUAUAUGUAGACCUGCAUGAUUUUAUGCAAAUGUACAUAACUAAAUGUCAGAGGUAGUAGCAAAGAUAUGUCUUCUUUAACUUUCAAGUUUCUUGUAGCUCUAACUGAAUAAUCACAAUCGCGUUUCUAGUAGUGUUGUCAGUCACGAUACUGGAUUUUCUAACUUCGAUAAAAUACGACAGUGUUACCCCUUAUAUUUUAUUUGACAAAGACAACUGUGUUACCCCCAAUGUAUUUUUUCAUGACGACCAAUAAAAAACAACAGUGUUACCCCUUAUGUUUUUUUCAUGUUGACCAAUAAAAAACAACAGUGUUACCCCUUAUGUUUUUUUUCAUGACGACCAAUAAAAAAACAACAGUGCUACCCCUCAUGUUUUUUUUCAUGACGGCCAAUAAAAAACAACAGUGUUACCCCUUAUGUUUUUUUCAUGACGACCAAUGAAAAACGACAGUGUCACCCCUCAUGUUUCAUUUGAUAAAAACGAAAGUGUUACCCCCUAUGUUUUAAUUAAUAAAUAUCAACAGUGUUACCCCUUAUAUGUUUUUUCAUGACGACCAAUAAUAAAACAACAGUGUUACCCCUUAUGUUUUUUUUCAUGACGACCAAUAAAAAACAACAGUGUUACCCCUUAUGUUUUUUUCAUGACGACCAAAGAAAAACGACAGUGUUACCCCUUAUGUUUUUUUUCAUGACGACCGAUAAAAAACAACAUUGUUACCACUUAUCGUUUUUUUCAUGACGACCAAAGGAAUACGACAGUGUCACUCCUCAUGUAUCAUUUGAUAAAAACGACCUUGUUACCCACUAUGUUUUAAUUGAUAAAAAUCUACAGUGUUACCCCUUAUGUUUUUUUUCACGACGACCAAUAAAAAACAACAGUGUUACCCCUUAUGUUUUUUUCAUGACUACCAAUAAAAAACAACAGUGUUACCCCUUAUGUUUUUUUUCAUGACGACCAAUAAAAAACAGCAGUGUUACCCCUUAUCAUUUUUUUCAUGACGACCAAAGGAAUACGACAGUGUCACCCCUCAUGUUUCAUUUGAUAAAAACGACCUUGUUACCCACUGUUUUAAUUGAUAAAAAUCUACAGUGUUACCCCUUAUGGUUUUUUUCAUGACGACCUAUAGAAAACAACAGUGUUAUCCCUUAUGUUUUUUUUUAUGACGACCAAUAAAAAACAACAGUGAUACCCCUUGUCUUUAUUUUCAUGACUACCAAAGAAAACAACAGUGUCACCCCCUAUGUUUUAUUAAUUAAAUAUCGACCGUGUUACCCCUCAAGUUUUUUCCAUGUUGACCAAUAAAUAUCAACAGUGGUAACCCCUGUUGACGUUUUUGCGGGGAUCCGAACAUGAGCUGCUUAGAGUGUUAACCUCCGAACUUAACAAUGCACCAUCAAGACACCGGAUAAAGUCAUCACAAAGGUUAUACUUGACUUUAUAAUUCACAUGAAAUAGAAAUAAGAGUCUUCCAACAGAAAACAUCAACCGGACUUGAACCCCAGUCUCCCGGGGGUUAGCUCACAGCUCUCUCCACUUCCCACUGAGAUUUGUAAAUUAAUUUUGUCUGAGGUUAUAUAAAACAACAGUCUUGCCCCCCUAUGUUUUAUUUGAUAAAUAUCGACAGUGUUACCCCUUUUGUUUUUUUCAUGACGACCAAUAAAAAACAACAGCGUUACCCCUUAUGUUUUAAUUGAUAAAUAUCGACAGUGUUACCCCUUUUGUUUUUUUUCAUGAUGACCAAUAAAAAACAUCAGUGUUACCCCUUAUGUUUUUUUUCAUGACGACCAAUAAAAAACAUCAGUGUUACCCCUUAUGUUUUUUUUCAUGACGACCAAUAAAAAACAACAGUGUUACCCCCUAUGUUUUAAUUGAUAAAUAUCGACAGUGUUACCCCUUUUGUUUUUUUUCAUGACGACCAAUAAAAAACAACAGUGUUACCCCUUAUGUUUUUUUCAUGACGACCAAUAAAAAACGACAGUGUUACCCCUUAUAUUUUAUUUGACAAAGACAACAGUGUUACCCCUUAUGUUUUUUUCAUGACGACCAAUAAAAACAACAGUGUUACCCCUUAUGUUUUUUUUCAUCACGACCAAUAAAACAACAGUGUUACCCCUUAUGUUUUUUUUCAUGACGACCAAUAAAAGACAACAGUGUUACCCCUUAUGUUUUUUUUCAUGACGACCAAUAAAAACAACAGUGUUACCCCUUAUGUUUUUUUUCAUGACGACCAAUAAAAGACAACAGUGUUACCCCUUAUGGUUUUUUUCAUGACGACCAAUAAAAAACAACAGUGUUACCCCUUAUGGUUUUUUUCAUGACGACCAAUAAAAAACAACAGUGUUACCCCUUAUGGUUUUUUUCAUGACGACCAAUAAAAAACAACAGUUUUACCCCUUAUGAUUUUUUUUAUGACGACCAAUAAAAAACAACAGUGUUACCCCUUAUGUUUUUUUUCAUGACGACCAAUAAAAAACAACAGUGUUACCCCUUAUGUUUUUUUCAUGACGACCAAUAAAAAACGACAGUGUUACCCCUUAUAUUUUAUUUGACAAAGACAACAGUGUUACCCCUUAUGUUUUUUUUCAUGACGACCAAUAAAGAACAACAGUGUUAGCCCUUAUGUUGUUUUUCAUGACGACCAAUAAAAACAACAGUGUUACCCCUUAUGUUUUUUUUCAUGACGACCAAUAAAAAACAACAGUGUUACCCAUUAUGUUUUUUUUCAUGACGACCAAUAAAAAACAACAGUGUUACCCCUUUUGGUUUUUUUCAUGACAACCAAUAAAAAACAACAGUGUUACCCCUUAUGAUUUUUUUCAUGACGACCAAUAAAAAACAACAGUGUUACCCCUUAUAUUUUAUUUGACAAAGACAACAGUGUUACCCCUUAUGUUUUUUUUCAUGACGACCAAUAAAGAACAACAGUGUUAGCCCUUAUGUUGUUUUUCAUGACGACCAAUAAAAACAACAGUGUUACCCCUUAUGUUUUUUUUCAUGACGACCAAUAAAAAACAACAGUGUUACCCAUUAUGUUUUUUUUCAUGACGACCAAUAAAAAACAA